AUGACCGGCUCAGAGGAUGCGACGACGCCGGCGGAGGGACUCUCACCAGAAGAUGCGGCUAAGAAAAUCCUCCGAGCCGCGUCUGCACGGGAAAUAGAGCUUGUCAUGGCUCCCAUGAGCAACAAAUUUGCCAUCUUUUUACGUUGGGCGUGGCCGACACUGCUCUUCUACCUGCUCCACAAAAGAGGCCUGAAGGACGAGUUUGCUACAAAGAAGGAACACUAG